AUGCCCCUCCUUGUCGCAGUCCGUUGCUCUGCUCCUCCUCUGCUGCUGCGGGCCAUCGUUAGGAUCGAGAUGCUGUUUGGUCCCCGAUUUUCUCAACGAGAAUAUUGCCCCCGGCCUGGUGCAGUGCCAGCAGACUUCACCACCGCCAUGAACCUCGCGGUGAAGAGGUUGUCCGUCAGCCAGGUUUGCACGUCAGAUUUCAGAGUUUGUUUCCCUGGGGUCUCGUGUCUGGGAGGAGAGUGCAAUCCUGGACCCAACACCAUGUCAAUCCCCUGCGAGCUAGCUUUGAGGAGGGCGGUUUGCGCUUAUCACUUCCCGAGGUGCGUCAACGACUAUCUGAUCUUCAGCUACGAGGUUUGUAGGGAGACGUGCGAGGACGUAUCGAUUUACUGCAACAUCACCCUCGAUGAAGUUGUAAACAUCCCACGGUGCACCGACAGGAACUUUGGUUGUACAGGGGGGGCAGGCAUGCUGGGGCUGACGAAAUGGGCAACUUUGGCAAUGUCCAUGAUUGGUUGGCGAAUCACUCACUUGUAUAUGUAG